GGAGGGCGGAGGUAGAGCGACACGAUGUCGGAACAUGGACACAAAAGCGAUGGCGCUUACUUCAGCAUUGACCCGAAGAUUAUGAAUGAACUGAUGAAGAAGAAGGAGGAGGAGGAAGAAAUAAAGAGAAGAGCAACGGAGAGAGUGAUGAAGGUGAAGGAACAGAGAGAGGCUCUCAGAUCCUCAACAGGAGGGGUUCCACACAUCUCAGACAUGAAGAUAGUUCUACUGGGAUGCAGAGACGGAGGGAAGAGUUCAUGCGCAAACACCAUCCUGGGUACCCCGGACUUCCACAAUCCACGAAGGACUGAGUGUGUGAAAAGAGAAGGAGAAACACAAGGGAGACACAUCGCUGUAGUGGAGACACCAGGAUGGUGGAACAACUACACUGUAGAUCAAACUCCUUAUGAUGUUAAACAGGAGAUUGUCUCCAGUGUGUCUCUCUGUUCUCCAGGACCCCAUGCUCUACUCCUGGUCAUCAGGGUAGAUACGUCAUUCAUAGACACAUAUAGAAGAGCGGUGCAGGAACACCUGGAGCUCCUGGGUGAGAAGGUUUGGAGCCACACUAUUGUGCUGUUCACCAAUGCAGAUUGUCUGGGAGACACAAGCAUUGAUGAACAUAUCGAGAGUGGAGGAGAUGCUCUGCAAUGGCUUGUAGACAAAUGUGGGAACAGGUACCAUGUUCUAGGCUUUGAGGAGAGUGAUGGUAGCCAGGUGACAGAGCUGCUGGACAGGAUAGAGGAGAUGGUGAAGGUGAACAGUGGUCAUCACUUCAGCAUUGAUGAAAACAUGCUGAUCACACUGACGGAGAAGAAGAUGAAGAAGAGAGAAGUAAAGAGAAGAGCAGAGCAGAGGAAGAUAAAUGUGCAGAAACAGAGAGAGAGUCUCAAAUCAUCAGGAGGAGUUCCACACAUCUCAGACAUGAGGAUUGUGCUGCUGGGAUACAGAAAUGCAGGGAAGAGUUCAUGUGGAAACACCAUCCUGGGCACACAGGAGUUCCAGACUGCAAGAAGAACAGCCGAGUGUGAGAAGAGAGAAGGAGAAAAUGCUGGAAGACACAUCACUGUAGUGGAAGCACCUGGAUGGUUGGCAUACCACACUGCAGAGCUGACUCCUGACCGUGAUAAACGAGAGAUUGUCCUUAGUAUGUCUCUGUGUCCUCCAGGACCUCACGCUCUACUCCUGGUCAUCAGAGUGAAUGAGUCAUUCACAGAGAUUGAAAGAAGAGCAGUGCAGGAACACCUAGAGCUCCUGGGUGAGGGAGUCUGGAGUCACACUAUAGUCCUAUUCACCGUAGGGGAAUGGCUGAAAGAAACGAGCAUUGAGCAGCAUAUUGAGAGUGGAGUAGAAGCUCUGCAAUGGCUUGUAGAGAAAUGUGGGAACAGGUACCAUGUUCUAGACAACAGGAAGUUUGAUGAUGGCCAGGUGACAGAGCUGCUGGAGAAGAUUGAAGAGAUUGCGGUUCUAAACAGUGGAGAUCGCAGCAUUGGUCAAUUUCCCGAUUUCAGUGAGGCUAAUCCUGAUGACCUCUCCAGAAGAGAUUCAGCGUAUGCCUCUAUAUCAGCAGUCCAGACAGACAUGAUAGAGCCGUUGAAGAAGCUCACUAUUGCUGCUGCAGCAGAGCAACAAACAUCGCCCUCAAUGGAAAAGCUGACACCAGACUUUAAGGCGGAUGAUCCUUUUGUGGAUAGCUCCACAAUAGUGUACAAUUCAAACGAAAGCAUCGGGCAAGGCUCCUAUGGAAUAGUACACAGAGGAUCGUGGCACUCCUGCUGCAGUGAAGAUAAUAAGAAUAGGACACCACCCAGAGGUGGCAAACGAAUUCCGUAUACCCUGCAUCAAACCUUCAAUAGGUCUACCAAAAAGAUGGUCGUAGGAUGUGAUUAG